AUGCACAGCACCUUCUUCAACCGAGGCAACGUCGAGGGUCCCGAGUUCAAAUACUACAAGGAAAUAGCCGCGCAGGAGUUCCAGAUCUCGGUUGAGGGAGACGUCCCGGGGCUCCGGCAGCGCCCGCAGCGCGUCCGUGGAACCGUCCACGAUGAGGACACCUGGGCGCUGGACGGCGUGUCGGGCCACGCCGGGCUCUUCUCCACGGCCGGUGACACGGCGCGGUUCUGCCAGAUGAUUUUGAACAACGGCACCUACGCCGGGCACAGGAUCCUGUCCGAGGCGUCGGUCGACCUGACCUUGACCGACUUCCUGGCGGAUCUGGGCGAGGAUCACGGCGUCGGGUUCGAGCUGAACCAGUUCUACACGGCGGGGCCCAAGGCCAACAUGCUGGCGGCGAGCCACACGGGCUUCACGGGCACGUCAAUGGUGAGCAACCGCGUGCAUUGUCGAGGAAAUGGAGCAGCAAUAACAAUGUGA